AUGCCUGAUUUAACAGACUCAAUGAGUACAUUAAGUACUCAGGAUGUACAAAAUCCAGUGGACUUCUACCGACACCAUAUUGCUGAAAGACUUUCACCUAUACUCAACAAACCUAUCGAAGACGUGACCAGAAUAUUAUCAUGGACACAGACACUUGACAAGGGCGAUUUGAUGCUGCCAGUGGCGGCACUUCGGGAGAAGGGAGUCAAGCCACCAGAACGAGCUGAAGAGCUGGCCAAAGCAUUUCCUACUGGCGAUGAUGUACUCGUCACAGCACAACCUAAUCAAGGGUUUGUUCAAUUCUUCUUCAAACCGGCAGACCUCAGCAAACGUAUACUUCCGAUGAUCCUUUCCAAGCGACAGAUCUAUGGAGCGAAUCCACUACCAGGUCUCAUAGAUCCUGACCACCCUGAGAAAGGCAAGAAGAAAGUUGUUGUCGAAUUCUCCUCUCCGAAUAUUGCCAAGGAAUUCCACCAAGGUCACUUACGAAGUACAAUCAUAGGUGGCUUUAUCUCGAAACUCUACGCUAUGAGUGGUUGGGACGUCGUCAGAAUGAAUUAUCUUGGAGACUGGGGAAAGCAGUAUGGUCUUCUGGCAAACGGGUUCCGACAGUUUGGUAGCCAAGAACAAUUAGCCAAAGACUCUAUCAUGCACUUGUUCGAAGUAUAUGUCAAGAUUAGCAAGAUCAAGGCUGAACAGGACGUGCCAAUAAACGACCUUAAGAAGCAAAUUAAAGAGAACAAGGCAAAAGGUGAAGACGUGUCUGACCUUGAGAAGGAAUUGGCUCCACUCGUUGCAGAGAGUGAAGACGAGAAGGCACGAAUUUACUUCAAAAGAAUGGAAGACGGCGAUCCGGAAGCCCUAGCUCUGUGGAAGCAGUUUCGAGACAUGAGUAUCGAAAAGUAUAAGAGGACAUACGCUCGUUUGAACAUUGAGUUCGAUGUUUACUCUGGAGAAUCGCAAGUCAACGGCGAGGAGAUUGACAAGGUAUUGGCGAACCUGAAAAAGCUUGGGCUGGCGGAAGACUCCGAGGGCGCUGUCCUAAUCGACUUCACGAAGCACGGUGCAAAGAAGCUGAACAAAGCCAUCAUUCAGCGAAAAGAUGGAACACCAUUAUACCUUACCCGUGAUCUUGCUCACAUCCUUGAACGAUGGGAGACAUGGCAUUUCGACAAGAUGAUUUAUGUUGUUGCGGAUCAGCAGAACGAACACGUUGCUCAGCUCUUCAAGGCCACCGAACUCGCGGGACACAAGGAGAUCUCAGAUAGGUGCCAGCACAUCACCUUUGGCAUGGUCAAGGGUAUGAGCACGCGAAAAGGUACGGUCAAAUUCCUAGACGAUGUUAUCCAGCAUGUCAAGGAUGUCAUGAUGGAAGUUAUGGUAAAGAAUGAAAAAAAGUACGAACAACUCGACGAUCCCGAAGCAACUGCCGACAUCCUUGCCAUUACUGCGAUUAUGGUUCAAGACCUAAUGGGCAAAGUCCGCAACGGGUAUGAAUUCAAUUUUGAGCGAAUGACCUCUUUCGAAGGAGAUACUGGUCCAUAUCUCCAGUAUGCUCACGCUCGUUUGUGUUCGAUAGAAAGAAAGGCCGAGGCCGAUAUCAGCUCAUUAGGCUCUGCAGACUUGUCCUUGCUGAAGGAACAGCACGCCAUUGAUCUAGUCCGAUCUCUAGCCCAGUAUCCAGAUGUUGUCGCCAACACACUCAAGACACAAGAGCCUUCGACAAUCCUAACCUAUCUCUUCAAAAUGUCACAUGCUCUCAGCUCUAGUUACGACGUGCUGCAAGUAGUCGGCAGUGAGCCCGAGCUCAAGAAAGCGCGACUAGCUCUGUAUGAAGCUGCCCGACAAGUGUUAUGGAAUGGCAUGACUCUCCUUGGUUUGACCCCAGUGGAACGCAUGUAA